CACCGCGUAAACACUUCCGGUGUGCCAAAAUACCGCUCCGCGUAUUUCAGGUUUGUUUAAGCGUUUCUCGUGUGCUGUGAAUAACCUCAUGUUUUACUCUAACUAAGCUUUCAAUGCAGCGCAGAGUGGAAGCCGAUGGGGGACGAAAAGGAGACCUGGAAAGUAAAAACUCUUGACGAAAUCCUGCUUGAGAAGAAACGCAGACGAGAAUUAGAAGAGCGAUCAGAUCCCAAGCGCCAGAAAGAUUUCACGCAGGGCCUUGUUCCACAGGCGGAUGAUCGGGAAUCCAAACGAGACACUCCGGAGGAAGGAGAACUACGAGAUCAAAAAAUGGAAAUAACAAUUCGUAAUUCCCCAUACACACGGGAAGACUCAACAGAGGACAGAGGUGAGGAGGAUGAAUCACUAGCAAUCAAGCCUCCACAGCAGAUGGCCAGGAAAGACAAAUCUCACCACAGAAAGGAAGAGAAGAGAAAAGAUAAAAGACGUCAUCGCAGUCACUCUGGUGAAGGAGCAGUGAAAAAUGUGCGACCCAAAGACAAAGAAAAAGAGCGAGAGAGUGAGCGCAGGAAACGUCAGUGGGAAGAAGACAAAGCCCGGCGAGACUGGGAAAGGCAGAAACGGAGGGAAGAGGCCAGAGCUCAUUCACGAAGAGAGAGUGUGUUUGUGGUUACCCCCCACAGAGAACGUCUGGAGCAGGCAGAGCGCCAGCGUGAGCGAGAUCGAAAGCUGCGUGAACAGCAAAAAGAGCAACGUGAGCUCAAGGAUCGGGAGAGGAGGGUCGAAGAGCGACGCAAAGAAAGGGGUGCUCGGCGAGAAGUUCCAUCUCACCACCGGAUGCUACCAGACGAGUAUGGUGGUAAGACGAAACAAAGUCACCACAGUCGCAGUCCUACUCGUGAUCCCAGAGACCGAUCUGAACACGGUGAACAGAGGAAAAGUGCAACUUUAAAGGAGGAGAAACCCGACCUCAAAGACCUGCUUGCGGAUCUCCAGGACAUCAGUGACAAUGAAAGGAAGACCAGCACAGCAGAAUCCUCCAUGGCAUCAGGGUCAGGCUCUGAAGAUGAUGAUGAUGAUGAAGAUGAAGAGGAGUCCAGCAGCCAGAGUGAAGGUGGACAGGAGGAAGGAGAAGAGGGGGAAGAGGAGGAGGAGGAGGAGGAGGAGUCUGUCUCUGUCUCAGGCUCAGGAAGGUCUGAGCAAAGUGCAGAGGAUGUAAGUGAAGAUGAGCAUUCAGAUGAAGACUUUGAAGACGAGAGGGAAAAUGGAAAUCACAUUCCAGCAGUGCCAGAGUCCCGCUUUGACCAUGAUUCAGAAGAGGAUGGGGAAGAUAUGGAGGAAGAGGAUGAGGAUGAAGCAGGAGAAGCUGACCCCACUCCUCAGUCUCAGGCCCACACACCCUCCCCGACUCCUGAAGAGAACUACAUCCCUGACUCCCCACCUAUUUCACCUGUGGAGCUGAAGAAGGAGUUGCCCAAAUAUCUGCCAGCUUUACAGGGUUGUCGCAGUGUUGAAGAAUUCCAGUGUCUGAACCGAAUAGAAGAGGGAACGUAUGGUGUUGUGUACAGAGCCAAAGACAAAAAGACUGAUGAGAUUGUGGCAUUGAAAAGGCUAAAGAUGGAGAAGGAGAAGGAGGGCUUUCCCAUCACCUCUUUAAGAGAAAUCAAUACGAUUCUGAAAGCUCAACACCCAAACAUCGUCACAGUAAGGGAAAUUGUUGUUGGCAGCAAUAUGGACAAGAUCUACAUUGUGAUGAACUAUGUAGAACAUGACCUGAAAAGCCUGAUGGAAACCAUGAAGCAGCCCUUCCUGCCAGGUGAAGUAAAGACUCUGAUGAUUCAGCUGCUUCGUGGAGUCAGACAUCUCCACGAUAACUGGAUCCUGCACCGGGAUCUGAAGACGUCUAAUCUGCUGCUGAGCCACAAGGGCAUCCUCAAGAUUGGAGACUUUGGUUUGGCGCGGGAGUAUGGUUCCCCACUGAAGCCCUACACUCCCAUAGUGGUGACCCUGUGGUAUCGCUCACCUGAGCUGCUGCUUGGGGCCAAGGAGUACUCCACAGCUGUGGACAUGUGGUCAGUUGGCUGCAUAUUUGGCGAGCUCCUAACCCAGAAACCACUUUUCCCUGGAAAGUCUGAAAUUGACCAAAUUAAUAAGAUUUUCAAGGAUCUGGGGUCACCCAGUGAGAAGAUCUGGCCUGGCUACAACGAACUGCCAGCUUUGAAGAAGAUGACUUUCACAGAAUAUCCAUACAACAACCUGCGAAAGCGCUUUGGAGCGCUGCUCUCAGACCAGGGCUUUGACCUCAUGAACAAAUUCCUUACUUACUGCCCCAGUAAGAGGAUUGUGUCCGAUGAGGCACUAAAGCACGAGUACUUCAGAGAGACGCCACUGCCCAUCGACACGUCGGUGUUCCCCACCUGGCCGGCCAAGAGUGAGCAGCAGAGGGUGAAGAGAGGCACCAGUCCUCGUCCACCCGAGGGAGGCCUGGGCUAUAGUCACCUGGGUGAUGAUGACCUAAAAGACACAGGCUUUCACCUGACAACCAGCAACCAGGGAGCAUCUGCGGUUGGUCCAGGAUUCAGCCUCAAAUUCUGAGCAUGAAACUGCAGGACAAUUGGCUGUUGAACUGAGACAGAGGGAGCAAAGAGUUCUGGAACUUUUAAGUCGAUGGAGUCACAUCGACUGCAAACCAGAUAAAUAUCUGAACUACUGCAACUGUUACCAAACAGUCAGGACUGUUUCACAGCAAGACUGGUGGCUCAAACAUUGAAUACUCAGAUGUUUUAUUCCCCCCUCAGAUCUUUUGCUUGUGCUCUGUGCUUUUAGGUCAUUUAUUUUCAAAAUUAUGUUUUUUUUAGCUCUUGAAGAGGAGACAAUAAAUCUGUAGUUGUAGUUGUUAUGUUUGACAUGUUUUAUUUCACCCUAUAUUUUUUUAGAGAGAAGACCAGAUUUUAUAAAUGGACGGUAUUUCCCUGCUACUGUAUAAUGAUGCAGCAUUGGCUGUGUUUUCCAUCCUGCAUAUUGUUAGGGCUUAACUGGGGGCUGGUAGUUCUCUUGACAGGGGGAUGGAUGAUGUUUUAGUUAGAAAUAAAGUUUGAAACUUUG